AGUCAGAUCUGUCUCCAGACCAGUGGGAACAUGGGAGAGGAUCUGGGGCUGGGCUUUGGGGAAACAGCCAGCGUGGAAAUGCUGCCCGAGGACGACAGCUGCAAGCCUAAAGCCAGAGCCAGGAGCAGCAGCACCCGCUGGGCUCUCACCUGUUGCCUGGUGUCACUCCCCAUCCUGGCAGGACUCACCACCUACCUGCUCGUUGGCCAGCUCAGAGCCCAAGGAGAGGCCUGUGUGUUCCAGACUCCAAAAGUACAGGAAUUAGGACCUUCACAUCAGCGAGUUUACGUACCUCCUAGAGCUGGUGAAGAUAAGCCAAGAGCACACCUGACAGUUGUAAGACAAAUGCCCACAAAGCCCUUAAAAAAUCAGUUCCCAGCUCUGGACUGGGAACACGAACUUGGCUUGGCCUUCAUCAAAAACCGGAUGAACUACACCAAUAAAUUCCUGGUGGUCCCAGAGUCGGGAGACUACUUUGUUUACUCCCAGAUCACAUUUCGAGGUAUCACAUCCAAGUGUGGUGAAAUCAGCCAAGAGAGCCGACUGAACAAGCAAGAUGUCAUCGUUGUGGUCAUCACGAAGGUAACAGACAGCUACCCUGAGCCCACCCAGCUCCUCAUGGGUACCAAGACAGUGUGUGAAAUAAGCAGCAACUGGUUCCAACCCAUAUAUCUAGGGGCGAUGUUCUCCUUGCAAGAAGGGGACAAGCUGAUGGUGAAUGUCAGUGACAUCUCUUUGGUGGAUUACACAAAAGAAGAUAAAACCUUCUUCGGAGCCUUCUUGCUAUAGGGGCAAGACAGAUGUCAUUGUGUAAAGGUCCUCUCCUCCUAGUUCCUAAUUUUCUUCAUUCAUAUGUAAUUAUAGCCUCAGGUUUUCUUGGAGCAUUCUCCAAGUAUUUUGCCUAUGACAGUAUUUUAGCUAUGAAACUUGGGACCCAAAAGUCACACUUUAUAUGCCUUACUGAUGGGAAUACCAAUUGGAAAAAGGCAGAAGAAAGCAGACAUAUUAUCAUGGUUGCUUGGGAGAGUGGUGAGUUUCUAAACAUUAGAAUGCUGGUCACCAAAUGAAUGGGUGAUCUACUUGAAGCAUUUCCACACUUUCCUACUACACAUUUGUCACCAGUGGGCUAACUUGUUGUUCAACUUGAUUAUGAAGCAUUUGCUUCCAUUCAGGAGCCUUGAAUAAAGUCCAAAGCCCUAGAAAACUGUAAUACUUUCAAAGGAGAAAUCCUUAAUCAGAUUCCCUAAAUACAUACUUUCACACCUUGCUGAAAAAGAAUGAAAAAAGCGGGUAUUUUUCACAAAUGUUCUAAAAAAAUUGUUUUUCACAAUGUUCUCUGUGGCAAAUGAGAAAACCUACCUUUCCCUUUUUUGUGUACAUAGGCAUCAAAACAAACAAGUAUGAGUUCCACAUGCAUAUCAAAAAUACAACAAUAGCAUUUAUUCACCACAGUUUUCUUGAGCACCUAUUAUGUUCUGGGUAUUACCUUUACCCAGAAGACACUACGAAGAACAAAACAAACUCUACUCAAAACUUAUGUGAAUAUAUCAUUAGAUGGCUCCUGGUUAAAUGUGUCUCAACAUGCUCUGUGGAACCAUGCUCCAAGGACUAACGCCAAGUCAUUAAAAAAAUGGUAUCUGACAGUGUUACAUAAGAUAUCUGGAAUGCUCCUGACUAUGUAAAUUAUCCAACUGAUUUAGCUCACUCAAGAAAAUUGAACACAGAUUUCUAGCUAACUAGACCAACUGUACAACAAAUGUGACUGAUGCCCAGAGACAAUGGACUUACUCUCCCAGGGAAAAAAAAAGUCAAUCACCAAAUCUGGAGCAGUUAAUCUGGAUCAGCUUCAAAUUUUGAUUCACAACUUUAUAUGCACUAUUAUAUGAGUAUUUUUCUCUAAAAUAUUCAAAGGGAUUUAAAUACAGGAUUAGCUAAUCAGGAGAGGCUGGACAUUGAGGAGGUCUCUCAUGCACAUCAAUGGGUUUAUAUCCUCUAACCUAUGUCAUUUUCCUGCAUCAAUAUGUCAAGGGUAGAAGGGGCAUUUCUGUUCUUUUAGCCUCUGUUGACUUACUGUAAAGCAAGAAUCCACCAAUUUGUUCCCCAGGAUCAAAUGAGUUCAUGGGGAUGAAACAUGUUAACUUUAAGCAUUUGUGAAAUCUGAGAGCAUGUCAGUGUGACAUGGGAGUGACCUUCAGCACUUCAGACUCUAUUAUAAACACUCCCUAUUGUGGGAGACCUCACGAUGGGUCUGAAGGCAAACCUGGCACCAAAAUCACUCUUCUCCUUGUUGCCAGGACACUCCAGAGGCAGAGAAGUGUGUGAUGGGGCUCCUGAGCACGGUGAUUGGUAUAGCAGUACUUGAUUGAUGUUUGUUGAAAUUAUAAUUAAAUAAGCAUUAAUUUCCAGUUUCUCAGUUGGGAAGUUAAGACUCUAAAACCUUCAGCUUCUCAAAACAGUCAUCACAGGGCUCAGUGAAAGCACAGAGAAGGGUGUAGUCACCUCCACCUGGUUCCGAAGAGUCUACACAGAGGAAGUGAGUUCUGAAAGAAGGUGGGCGGACAACAGAUGGACUUGGGGAAAGGGCAUCUCAGAUGGGAGGAAUUACCCUUUUCUCAAAGCAGAAAGGAAAGGUUUCUCAGUAACUAUAAAACCAGCUUGAUAAAAGGAUGUUUCCUUGACCAACUCCUAGAACAAUAUUUAUUGGUAGAUCACAAAUCUUUUAUCAAUGACUCUAGACUGUCUCCAUGGUAAGAAUUAACACCCCUACUAAGAAAACAAAAUGCUCUGUCUGCAUCUGCAUGAGAGCACCAAGCAACCUGGGGGUGGGGAAGGAUUUGCAAUGAAAGAGGCCAGAGUGGUCUGCUCAUCUUCUCUACUAAAAAGAACCCUUGUGCCCAGGCUCUUCAAACCUGCCCACUGUUUGGAUUCCCAUCUGGUGGACCGAGAAGUUUAUUCAAGAAGUUGGAACUUCCUACUAUCCUAAAAGACUCGAAGCUUGGAAAAUAUCCUACCAUAUAGUUAUUUUGCUUCCAUCAUAAGCUUGUUCAUUGAAGAAUGUAUUUUGCUCAAGGUUUCCUGUCUGAAUUGAUUGAAUGCCCUAUGUUGUAUUUUUUACUGCUCAGAAAGGCCCAGUCAAACCUAUCUUGUAGGACUCAAGUCCCACGCAUUAUUUCCAGGGUAAAUAUUUGUGCUCUAGUUUUUAAAAUGAAGGGGAAGAAUGGUGUUUAAGACUAUGUGGUGUCCCCCUAAAAGUAGUAAUGGGAAUGCAUUCAAAAGUUCAGAAGGGAAGAAGGAGCAUGCUUACAUGCUUUGGAAAAUAGUUAAUUUAGGAGGAAAGUGCUUUGCUGAUUCAGUAUCUUUCAAAAGGCUGAAUUCAUAUCAAUUCCACAAACAUUUACUGAGUACCUACUCAUCCUGGAGACACAAAGAUAAAUUAUUUUAGUCUCAGAUGUGUUAAUUCUAACUGCUCAGCAGCUCCACUGUCUACAGAUCCUUUAAUUUAUUUUGGUUGUAUUAGCUAGUUAAUUAGCUAGCUAACUUUAGACACAUGGAUAUUUUCUCAUGAAAAUGGGCAUGAGAAAAUGGGGUGCCAUUUGAUGAAGGAUGAUCAUUAACAAAAUGAUUUGUGUUUAGCCUAAGUGACUUUUUUAAAUAGCUACCUAAGGACAGUUUUCCAUAAAUAAAAGGGAAAAAAGUAAAGAUACUGUUUUCUAUGAUAAAAUCCAUUACUAAGCCAAGUGUGGAGAGAGGUUAUUACCUGCUGGGCUCAAGUUUGGCCAGCCACACCCUUGAAAAUAUUAGAACUUUGUGGAAGACACAGAGGUGCAUUGAAGAGCCAGUGUCCCUCAGCAAAUACAGGAACCAUGAUCAAAAUGCAUGGUGUCACUAGCAUUUUGACCCUAGCUUGGUUUAGGUCUAUUUGAUAGAACAGAAUUGCUUAAGCUACCAAAAUUUCUAAAAUUUUUUACUAAACUACAGUAGAAUGUGAAAAGGUACACUUUUCACAUCCUGAAAAAUGUCUGGUUCAGUUCAAUAACAGGGCUCACCAAAGCCCUUGGCUCCAUUUCAAUCUAAGCUACAUCACCCAAGAGGAAAUUCCACCCAAGAGGAGUCAAUAACUCCUUUGGGUUAUAAAAGUUCAACUAGCUCACUGUGCAGGAGGCAUGCCCAUUGCCAACAUUCUCUUGCAAGGUAUUUUCCAAGUCCUUUCCCAGUCAUGUUUCCAUGAUUGAGACACUGGGGAUUAAUUCUUCAGGACAGAGUGGUUUAUAUCCCACACCUUGCAACACACAUGCAGGACUCACUUGCCCUAAGAUUUCCUGCUCUCUUAGGGCCUGGAGUCCUGGAAAUGUUUUGCCAUUUUAGUGGAAUUUUUUUUCCAUGUGCAUCACUAUCCUGUAUAUUAACAGCUAUUACAUCAUAUUGGCAGCUAGGCCCAAGAAGAAUGUCCUGUCCCACACCAACAACCAUAUUUGCAACUUCCCAAGCUCUGAGAUACUUUUGCCCCCUAACCCCUUACAUCAUCCCAUUUAAGGAAGAAAAUACCAUAUCAGUCCAGACAGAAGUUACUUGUCAGGGCCACAAAAGGAGUUAAUGGCAGAUCUAGAGCUAGGAUACCAUCUUCUCGAAUCAUAAUACUAGGCACAGCCAAUUACCCUCUUCUCUUAGCAAAUGGUAUUCAUUUUAGUAACUGAAGGAGAAAUUGGAAGGAGAUAUAAAAAGUUUUAUCAAAUACCCAUGGGAUAAUAUAAAAGGAAAGAGGAGACUUCUUCCACGUGUCCUUGGAGGAAGGAGAUAGGGCUAAUGAGUUGUACUUACAGAAUCUCCAUUUCUAGCUUCAUAACCAAAGGAAUUUUCUACCCUAAACCAGAAUAUCCCCAGAUAUUGAUUUCUCAGUUCCUGGAGAUAUUCAAGCAAAGGGUUUAUCUCAAGGGUUUCGUAGAAGCCAUUUCUUCACUGAGGUAGGAGGAGGGAUGGAAUCAAAUAAUAUAUCAUGUCUCUCUAAAUCUAUAAUUACGCCAUUCAUUCAUUAACUUCUGUGUGUUCUUUUUGAUCAUUAAGAACCUGGGAGACCUUGCCAAGAGUUCAGUGGCUUCCAGCCUAGAAUUGGAUGCCAUUUCCCACUUGUUCAGAGAGUAUCCAACACAAAGUAACUCUGAGAUCUUGGCCAGUAGAGAAUGUCGUGGCAUUUUAGAGCUGAUGCAAUCUGUAGAAUUUGCUUCAAGUUACAUCAUUUUAAGGGUGAAGAAACCCAGGCUCAGAAAGAUGAUACAAAAAAAAGGAAAAGAAGAAGAAAGAAAGAAAGAUGAUACAAAUAGCCCAAUGUCAGACGCUAGUAGCUAGUAGCAGUAUUGAGACUAGAACUCCUAUCUCCGGAUAGCAAGCCCAGCAGUCUUUCCAUUUCAUCCAUGAAUCAGUUUUUUUGAAUGUCAGUCACAUGGCAGCACUUACCCAGAGGUGGAGAGCCCAGAAAAGAGGGAACACAACAGGCAAGUCUCAUUCUUGUGGCACAUAUACUCCAGAGGAAGGAGACACAGAGCUUCAAGCAAAUGAAGUAGUUGAACUUAGUAAAAUUAUUUUAUUCUUAAAGUCAUUAAAAUAUGUAACUUUCCUCUCUUUUGUUUCAGAAGUGUAGGAAUUAAACAAAUGUAGGGGUUUAUGUGGUUUUAGUGUUAAGCCCACGUGCUUUUAUUGGUUUUAUGUUUUAUGUUAAAACAUCAUAAUCUCCAAGUAAACUGCAUAUUGUAUGUUGUUAUGUACGUACUUCACUGGUAUGCAGCCCAUGUCUUUGGGCACUAUUGUGUCAAUUCCAAUCUCUAUGAAUGAAAUGUUGUAUGUAUUAAUGUAUUUAAUAGAUGUAAUUUAAUAAAUUUGCAUUAAA